AUGUCCCAGCGGGUGAGGCGCAAUGGGUCCCCCACACCGGCCGCCCCCCUCGGCGGAGGCGCCGCGCCCGGCCCUGGCCCCGGAGGCGCCCCCGGGAGCCGCCUGCAGCCCAUGAGGGCCACGGUGCCGUUCCAGCUGAAGCAGCAGCAGCACACGAGCCCCACGCGCGCCGGCGCCGGAGGGCCCAGCGCUCGCGCCAGUCCCACGGUGGCCACGCAGACGGGCGCGCCCCCGACAUCCACGAGGGGCACAAGUCCCACGCGUGGCGCGGGCGCGCGUGGCAGCCCUCCCCGUUCGCAGCAGGCGCCCCCCCAGCCGCUCCUAGGCACCGUCUCGUCCCCCUGCUCUUCUCCUAUCCAUCUGCUGGCGAGCGACGCGACUGCGUCCCCCGCCGCGGCCCGGGUCCGGCACCCGAGGCGUUCCCCAGAGCAGAGCCGCGGUUCCCCGGAGAGAAGGAGCCCCAGCUCCCCGGUCUGCAAGGCGGGUGAAAAACCUCGGCCACCUUCAUCAAGCCCUUCCAGCAUUAUUCGUAGAACUUCCUCAUUGGAUACCCUUGCUGCUCCAUAUCUUGCAGGACACUGGCCUCGUGAUAACCAUGGGCAGUCCGUUCCAUGUAUGAGGGACAAAGCUACACAGACAGAGAGUGCAUGGGCUGAAGAAUAUGCUGAAAAGAAGAAAGGAUCCCACAAACGUUCAGCCUCUUGGGGCAGCACAGAUCAGCUUAAAGAGAUUGCAAAAUUGCGUCAGCAAUUACAGAGAAGUAAACAUAGCAGCAGGCAUCAUCGGGAUAAAGAUAGACAGUCUCCAUUCCAUGGUAACCAUGCAGCCAUUAACCAGUGUCAGGCUCCUAUUCCAAAGAGUAUACUUAUUCCAGUGAUUCCCAUCACCAAAUCAACAGGGUCACGAUUCCGGAAUAGUGUGGAAGGGUUGAAUCAGGAGAUUGAAAUAAUAAUUAAAGAAACUGGAGAAAAGGAAGAGCAGCUUAUACCACAAGAUAUUCCAGAUGGUCAUCGUGCACCUCCUCCCCUGGUACAGCGCAGUAGUAGUACGCGCAGUAUUGAUACCCAAACACCUGGUGGAGCAGACAGGGGAAGUAACAAUAGCAGCCGUUCCCAAUCUGUAUCCCCCACUUCAUUCCUUACCAUCUCAAAUGAAGGUAGUGAAGAGAGCCCUUGUUCUGCUGAUGACCUUCUUGUUGAUCCCAGAGAUAAAGAAAAUGGGAACAACUCUCCUCUGCCCAAAUAUGCCACCUCUCCAAAACCUAACAACAGCUAUAUGUUUAAACGGGAACCUCCCGAAGGCUGUGAAAGGGUCAAAGUCUUUGAGGAAUGCUCGCCAAAGCAACUGCAUGAAAUCCCAGCCUUUUACUGCCCUGACAAGAAUAAAGUGAAUUUCAUUCCUAAAAGUGGUUCUGCCUUCUGUCUCGUCAGCAUCCUCAAGCCACUUCUUCCCACACAAGAUCUUACCCUUAAGGGCUCCAGCCACGGCCUGACUGUCUCCACUGGCAUGGCGCCCACCCUGCUGCAGCCUCUCGCCAUGGCCUCCCUGUCCGCCAACCCGGAACAAGACCGGAUUUCUCGAGGAACGAGUACCGUCCUCCCCCAGGCCUCUCUGCUCCAGCAGGCGGGACCGUUUGAGGAGGCCGAGGGAUAGGUGGCGAGGCUCGUCCCUGGCUCCAGGAACCGAAGAGAAACCCAUUGGGAUGAAGGUGUGAAGGAACAUCCCAAGUCACGCCUCCUUCCAGCAGCUGAGGCUGAUGGCGGGAGACGGGCCUGAGGCGUCUGUGGCGGGGAUGUCGGGAGCUUCCCUGAGAGCGCAGCCCUCGCCACGCUGCCCGUCUGGGAGCCUCAGACUCACUUCACAUCCUGCUUUUUUUUUCUUUUUUCUUUUUUUUUAGCACUGGUUAAAAGAAAAAGGCUGUAUCAUUCAUUACUUUUGGAGGACCAUUUUAUCACAAUACUUUUUGUGUCCCAAGUUAGACUUUUUUUAAAAGCAAACAGAUCCCUGCAAACAUAAUUACCAAAGGGAGAAGUUACUUGAUGCUGCAAGAACCAUCUUUUAUAUGAAAAUGACUAUUUUAUAAUAAUAACAAAUGUUAAUUUUCAGAUGCAUAGCAGACAAUAGGAUGUUCAGAAGACAUUUCCCUGGCCACUGUUUUUUUGUUUCCUUUUCUAGAUGUGUAUGCUAUUCUCAGCUGUUCUCCAGCUGCUGGGACCAAAGGGAUUGUUGAAAUUUUCCAGCAAUCUUAGUCUCUUGACUGUGUUCUUCUCCCAACCAACAACAGAUAAAUAAAUGCAUUGAACGUUUGUAUGUAAAAAAAAAAAAAAGACACAAAGCAAUAUUAGUUCAUUAUGUGAUGUUGUUUUUUGAUGUCAGAAGUUUUGUGCUUUGGAUAAACCAUCCUUUUAAAAAGUGCUAUUCCCUCUUCCACAUUUAAGAUUCCUGUAUACCUUUAUCUGCAUGGUGAGAAAACUACACUCGGGAUACAAGUGCUUUAAUAUGCUAUCAGUGGAGUUUUGUUAGAAAAUCAAUGAGCCAAAAAGUAACGACCCCCAUCUAGUUAUCAGCCAUGUGUGAAUCAUGUGAUCUUCCCCCUCCCCGGCGCGCGCACACACACAAUCAUUUCUUCACUUCCCUCCUCCGUGUGUCCCCGACGUGGCUGUGCAUGGAUCCCUUCCCUUGCCUUUGUGAGCUUGCAGUGUUGUGGAGUUAUUCCGGGCCGCCGCCGCUGGCCGGGAUUGUGCUGUGUUCACUGCAGUCUGUAGCCCGACCCCUUCCGCCUCCCCUCCCCGAUGUUUAAGCUAGGUGGCACUAGUUUGCUGAUCCCAGUCGUCCGAGGGUAUGGAUAGGUUUCUGUUUGGUUUUGUUUUUUACAUGUAAGAGAAAAAGUAGAAAAGAAAUGAAAGAGGGUCCCUUCUCUCUCUGAGAGAGGCACAACUUUCAGCUUAGGUAAGCCAAGGAACAGGUAGCCAGAGGGCUUUGGGGAUCAGAGCCACUCCUAGAAAAAACUGGAGAUAACACGAGUGCGUGUGCUUUGGAGAGCUUGAGGGGUAGCUGUUGUCAGAGUAAAGCAUCCUGAUAGAAGUAUCCUUUUAAAAGCUUCAUACGUUAUCUUU